CGCAUGGCUAGCAGGCUGCGAAGGUCACAUGCCCAUCCGCUGCCCCAUUGUGGGUGUGUUGGCUCACAAAGUGUGGCGAUCAAUCUCUCUAGCAACGGGAUCAUGGCACCAGCAGACACCCCCACUCCCCUCUUUGGAAAAGCAAAGCUCUGGGAAGCAUUCGCAGUGUUUUCCUCGCCACAAAUCCCUCCAGAGGAAAUCUCUCAAAGGCAGGCUUAUAAGCCUCCUCAGCUUUGCACUGCCUUUGAAGGAGAGCGGUCUGAUGAUCUGCAUGGUGUGAGGAGCCAUGAGACCAGACGACAUUAACCCUAGGACGGGACUAGUGGUGGCUUUGGUCAGCGUCUUCCUUGUUUUUGGCUUCAUGUUUACUGUUUCUGGGAUGAAAGGGGAGACCCUGGGAGACAUCCCCCUCCUGGCAAUAGGAUCUGCUAUUUGCUUGCCGGGCAUAGCUGCCAUUGCAUUCACGAGGAAAACAGAUGGCUGCACCAAAUGGCCUGACAACAAGCGUCCCUGCUGCAAAAAGGCAAAAGACAAGGAAGUGGUGGAGCUGCUGAGAACACCCUCGGAUCUGGAAUCGGGCAAAGGCAGCUGCGAUGAGCUAGCCAAGAAAGCAUACCUGAAGGACAGGAAAGUGCUGAAGGGAGAGGACUCUGUGUCCAUCUGCACCACCACCACAACCACCACCACAACGGGAGAAUGCAAGAGCCUGAUCAAAAGGGUGGACCAGGAGGAGAUGCUGAGAUACCUGGAGACCUGCUAUCUGGAGAUGCCAGGGAACGUGCUCGUGGGAGAGGGUCCCACUUACAGUGCCUUGGAGAAGAAAAAUUCCCCUCCCUGGGACAGUGCUGCCUGCCCUGACACAGAGGACAACAUUUUUGUGGCUCCAAAAGACAGUAUAAUUGUCUGUUCCUACAAGGAGAAUAGCCCUUACGACAGAUAUUGUUGUUAUAUAAACCCUACUGGAGUCAGCUCGGACCAUGAGACUAUAGUUUGAAUGAUGCACAUUUUCUAUAUCUCUAUGUACCGGUAUUUUUACAGACUCUACAUCUUUCAGCUCUUAAUAGGGGAAAGUAGCUGAUUGCACUGCAUGGAACACUCCUCAUACUAUUACAAAUUUAACCUGGUAUGUGACUGAUGCCCAAACCUUUU